UACUCUCUCUCCUACUCUCUCCCCCUCCUCUCUCCUACUCUCUCCUCCAGCAGUGUGCCGGAGUGUUGAUAUCUCCGGUGCGGGCGGAGCUCCGUGUCUCAUCCUAUAAAGGCAGCUGAUGUGGAUGAUUUACAGACCGUAGCCGGUGUGAAUGGAUCAAAGAAGCUAGCCGGUGUGGAUGUUUUAGAGACCGUUGCAAGUGCGAAUGUUUCUGAGACACCAGGGCAAGAUGCUGGUUCUCAGCCUGCUGCUGCUGCUUAUGCUCCCAGUGACCGGCGCCGCUACGGAGCUCUCCGUGACGGAGUCUCAGUCCGGACUCGCUGGUCUAGGGGUGUCGGGCGACCACGGGCCACCGGGCCUGGUUUCGCCGGGGUCUACCGGGGAGCAGGUAAAGCAGGUACAGCCGGAGGUGGCCGAGGAGGAGGGGAGCCACCACGGCGGAGGAUUCAAGAUCGUGCAAUGGGAGUGGAGUUAUGUUCAGACCCCCUACAUCAUCUCCGUGUGGCUGCUGCUCGCCAGCCUGGCCAAGAUCCUGUUCCACCUGUCCCAGCGCUUCACCACGGUGGUCCCGGAGAGCUGUAUGCUAAUCCUACUGGGCCUGGUCCUGGGGGGAGUCGUGCUCCUGGCCCAUGAGAAGCAGCUCUACCAGCUGGAGCCGGGACUCUUCUUCCUCUUCCUCCUGCCCACCAUCGUGGGGGACGCAGGCUACUUCAUGCCGUCCCGCCUCUUCUUCGACAACCUGGGGGCCAUCACCCUGUACGCGGUGGUGGGCACGCUGUGGAACGCCUUCUGCACCGCCUUCUGCCUCUACGGGGUCAAGCUGCUGGGGGUCAUUGAUGAGAAGGUGGACGCAGGGCUGAUGGACUUCCUGUUGUUUGGGGCGUUGAUCUCAGCCGUGGACCCGGUGGCUGUCAUCGCUGUGUUCGAGGAGGUCCACGUCAACGACACGCUCUUCAUCAUCGUCUUCGGAGAGUCACUGCUGAACGAUGCUGUCACCGUGGUACUCUACAAGGUGUACAUGUCUUUUGUGGAGGUGGGCCCGGCUAACGUGGGGACAGCAGAAUGUAUGAAAGGUUUGGUCUCCUUCCUGGUGGUGAGUCUGGGAGGCACUCUGGUAGGCCUGGUGUUUGCUGUGAUCCUCAGCUUCACCACCAGGUUCACCAAGAAGGUCCGCAUCAUCGAGCCGCUCUUCGUCUUCCUGCUGGUCUACCUGGCCUACCUGACUGCAGAGCUCUGCUCCCUGUCUGCCAUCCUGUCGAUGACGUUUUGUGGGAUUGGGGCUAAUAAAUACGUGGAGGCCAAUAUUUCCCAGAAGUCUCGGACUACGGUGAAGUACACCAUGAAGACCCUGGCCAGCAUCGCUGAGACCAUCAUCUUCAUCUUCCUCGGCAUCUCAGCGAUGGAUAAGACCAAGUGGGCCUGGGACACGGGUCUGGUGGCCUGCACCCUCGUCUUCAUCCUCCUCUUCAGAGCCAUGGGUGUGAUUGGUCAGACUUGGGUUUUGAACCGGUUCCGGCUCGUCCCAUUGGAUAGGAUUGACCAGGUGGUGAUGUCGUACGGGGGUCUGCGGGGGGCCGUAGCGUUUGCCCUGGUGGUCCUGCUGGACGGGGAGAAAGUGAAGGCCAAAGACUACUUUGUAGCGACCACCAUCGUAGUGGUAUUCUUCACCGUAAUGUUCCAGGGGUUAACUAUUAAACCUCUGGUCAAGUGGCUCAAGGUUCCUCGCUCCACCAACAGGAAGCCCACCAUCAACGAGGAAAUCCACGAAAGGGCGUUUGAUCAUAUUCUGACUGCAGUGGAAGACAUCGCUGGUCUGCAAGGAUAUCAUCACUGGAGAGACAAGUGGGAGCAGUUUGAUAAGAAGUACCUCAGUAGGCUUUUGCUGAGGAAGUCUGUGUACCAGAAGAGUGAACUGUGGGAAGCCUACCAGAAGAUCAACAUGAGGGACGCCAUCAGUGUCAUCGACCAGGGAGGGAAUGUGUUGACCUCCAGGCUGUCCCUUCCCUCCAUGGCCAGCAGGAGUUCGUUCCCUGAGGUCACCAACGUCACCAACUACCUCAGAGAGAAUGGUAGCGGGGUGUGUCUGGACCUCCAGGUGAUAGAUAACGUCCCAGGAGCCAGGGUGGAGGAGGACAGUGAGACGCACCACUUUCUCACCGGGAACCUGUACAAACCACGUCGACGGUACCAGUCCCACUACAGCAGACACUUCAUGCCGGCGGGGGAGCAGGAGCGGCAGGAGCGGGAGGUCUUCCAGAGAAACAUGAGGAGCCGCAUGGAGAACUUCAAAACGUCCAGACACAAGAGACACAAGAAGGACCGCAGCCAGAAGAAGCAUCGAGGAUCAGACACCAGGGAACAGGAAGGAAAUGAAAAACCUCGACGUAACGUCAGUUGGCAGGACAAAGAUCCAGUGGUGGUUCCGGUGGAUUCGGAGAUGGAGGACGAGAGAGAGGAAGAGGAGCGCUCCGAGAAAGAGGAAGACAUUGGCAUUACGUUUGUCGCUCGCAAGGAGGAACCACCAAAACAACGACCUCAAUCAGUUCCAGCUGCUCUGGAGGCGUGCGACAGCCCCUCGAUGGCCUCCCCCACCUGCGGGGAGCGCUUCCUCCCCUGGAAGGUCGGCGCCGGCUCCCUCCCUCCCUGCCUCUCCGUCGAGGCUACCAAGGUCAUCCCCGUGGACCUGCAGCAGGCCUGGAACCAGAGCAUCUCAUCUCUGGAGAGCAUCUCAUCCCCCCUCAACCUGAACCCCAACCCCAGAGUCACGGCCUUGUCCCCGUCCUCCGUAAUCCCCAACCCAAACCUCAGGUUCAUGGCCUUGCCCCCUCCCACCCUGAACCCCAACUCUAACCUCAGGGUCGUGGCCUUGCCCCCUCCCGCCCUAAACCCUAACCCCAGGUUCUCUGUCCUCUCCCGGCUCGCCGGCCAGCGACCCGUCUCCUCCCCUCCUUGUUCCUCCAGCCAAUCAGAGAAGGAGCAGCAGAAGAAGGAGGAGGAGGAGGAGGCGGCCUUGUCCGAGCAGCAGCAGGAGGAACAGCCCCUCAUGUCCGUCAGGCCCCCUGCUCCUCCCCUGAGCUCCACCCCCGGAGAAAGGAGGAGGAACCCAUGUGUCUACCUGAGGAGCCUGGUGACAGUGCCCCCUGCUGGCCACACUGAGACACACAGCAGAGGACCUACUCAGCUUUAACCACCACACACGCACACACACACACACACACACACACACACACACACACACACACACACACACACACACACACACACACACACACACACACACACACACAGACACACUCACUCACUCUACUGGCAUCUCCUGAGCAUCAAGAGCACUCAGCAGAACCGUCCUCUACAGCUGGACCAGGGAGACUUGCUACAUUCCAAAACCAGCACAAUACCACCGUCCAGAUAGACCAGUAGAGCCAGUACAGACCAGAGAUCAUGAGAGACCAGAUUCCAUUAGAGACUAAAGAACAGCAGUGACCAGGAGUUACCAGCGAUCAGAAGAUACCAGACACCAGGAAAGACUCCAGGAGACCAGGUCAGCAGAGAGAAGAGACCAUAGGCAAAAGAGCAGCAGAGAGAGAGAGAGACCAGAUAUCAAGAGAAACCAGACACCACAAGAGAUUAGAGACAAGACAGUACUAGAGACCAGAGACUACAGAUCAGGAGGAAGAAUAUAACUUACAAGUCUUAGUAGGAAUGAGCCCUAUAUGGCUGGCCUUAUUGCCCAUGGCUGGAGAUAAGGAGCUGCUGGUCAUAGAGCCUUCUGUAAAGGCUUGUAUUUUAAAUGUUUUUAAAACUUUCAUAAAAUAAUCUAGGACUGCAGAUAAUGGUUUAUUUUGAUUGAGAGAAAACAUAACACCAUACCAAUAAUUGUGUACAAUAUAUACUUUUUUUUUUUUUUUAAUUGCUUAGUUCCCACAGUUGGCAUUAGCUUUUGGGGGUCCCUUGACCACCUAGUGUAGCCCCUCCAACUAGCCUAUCACCCCCAGAUUGCCCUAUCUAUUAAACUGGAUAGCUCCCCCAGCUAGCCAAGCACCUAGAGCUAGCUUAUAACCUCCAGCUAGACUAGAACCUCAAGUUAGCUCUGUCUAUUAAAGUAGACUAUCAUCUCCUCCAACUUAUAGCACAUCUAGCUUGGGGUAAGGUGUUUAUUUUCAACUCCUUCUGUGGUUAAACAAUUCAUGACAUGCCCCAAAGACAACUCCAUAUCUUUGGUGACUUUAUUUCAACCAUAGCCUUUAUUAGACCUCCAGACUUGAUAAUGUCAUCUUGAUCCAACUCUCUUUGUGCCUUCAGGACAUCUCUGGUACUUCAUGUUGUAGGUAAAAGUAUUUCUGCUAAAUUAGUCUGCUUUAAUUUUUUCUGAUUAAACUCCCACUGCAAUGUAGCAUAAGUCACUCCAAUAAAUGUGAACGCUUCUCUGGGUCAAUAUCUGGUACAAUCUACAAAAUCUCUCCCCCAUCCAUUGCAGUGAGUGGUGUGUAAGUUGUGAAUUCAAAGACCAUUGAUAACAAUGGGAAGACGCUGGCGCUGAAAGAAAAAGCGCUUUGAGGACACGGGCCUUCAUUUACAUUUGUGGAUUGUAGAUAUGAGCCUAUACAUGCACAAAAUUCACUCAAUACCAGGCCCUUGUCACCACUUUUUUGUUUGUGUAUACAUGAUGUUACCAUUAAAUACCACCAAGUAUCAGUAUAUGCUAUUGUAUAUCUUGAGAAACGAAUAAAGUUUUAUGGGAGUCAAUUAAGAAAGAAAUGUGUUUAAAAAAUGUGGAUGAACAGUUUUACGUAUAGGCCUACAGAAAAUAAACCCUGACUAAAACA